AUGCCAAUACGACUGAACACGGAUGGAACUGUUUUAUGGACGCCCAGUAUUCUUUUUCAGACCUCUUGUGAUAUUAACGUGAAGUAUUAUCCUUUUGACCAGCAAGUGUGUAGCAUCACCUUAGAGACCAUGUUUGCAUUGCCUGCGGACUCCGGUGAGAAAAUCUCCUUAGCGGUAACAAUUCUACUGGGUUAUAUUCUCUUCUUAUCCAUCCUAAGUAGCGAAAUGCCACAGACAUCUUUGGAAGUUUCGGUGUUAGCCGUAUACAUAUCACUAAAAUUUGGACGGUGA